AUAAAGUUGAUGAUGGCGGACGGUUUGUUACUGGAGACGUUGCUGGAGGAUCCUGUGUUUUCUGCGUUUGUAUUUUAUUCGGUUAUGAUACUAACGAAGAUGGUGCUCGUGCAGUCGUGGACGACUGUGAUAAGAUUCCAAUACAGAGUUCCUGCUUUGCCUGAAGAUUAUCAGAAGCCCAGUAAAGAUCCAGAUGCAAAACCAAAGACAGGCUACUCUGACCUUGAAGGUCGAUAUCAAGAAAACGUGCAACGAGUGAGACGACUUCAUCUGAAUGACAUGGAAAACAUUCCCGUCUUCGUCAUUCUCUCGUUUUUCUACGUGCUCACGAGACCUUCACUCACAGUUGCCGUCUGGCAUUUUCGUUUCUAUCUGGUUGGUCGUGUGCUGCAUUCGAUUGUCUAUCUACUGGCAUUGCAGCCUCAUCGCACCAUAUUCUACAUCCUCGCUCACAUUCCGUUUGUGUCUAUUCUUCUGCAGCUCAUUUAUUUUGUGCUAAAUUUGUGA